AUGGCGGACUGGAAAAAUGAACCACCUUCCCUGGUCUAUCUAGCGAUCUUCAACCCUUCCUUGGCCCCGAAAGACGAAACAGCUCUGGAGCAAAUAUGUCUGUUCCACCCUAAUACAACUCCACAAAACGAAAAGGCUCGUCAAGUCGGGUUAGCUCAGGCCUUGGUGAAUUUCACAAGCACGUUUUCUCCAAAUACACCUUGCGAGACGGUCCACACCCGGAAGCACCGGGUGGUUUUGCUGGAGGCAGAGAAGGGCUAUUGGAUGGUCAUGAAAGUCCGACUUGGUACAAGGACUCGACUGAGGGAUGGGAAGAAAGUGACGGAAUUUUUGGGUUCUGAUAUCAAGGAUAGCAUUUUGAAAGCUGUGCUGCGGCGAUGUGCAAAUACAUUCAAGUUAUUCCAUGGCGGAUUGGAUUAUGUUCGUCAAAAGCGCUCCUUAUCGGCUCUGCGAAACCUCCUAGAAGAAUUCUAUAUUAGCUACCUACAACGCAUAGAUUUUGGAUCACUCGAUUUGCUAUAUGCUCUAAAUGGUAUAAAUUUUGCAUCAUUAUCGAAAACAGCUUAUACCGACAUCGCCUCGUUCAUACACACCUUAAGCGCAACCUUCCCCGAACUGAAGACACCAGUCUUCUUAUGGCAUGACCAACUAGUCUGGAAUGGGCUGCAAAGUUUUGAGGAGCUCCAAACUCUGUACUCGUAUCUCACGGACCCCGCGACUGGACGCGUGUACGAUGGAUUGGUGAACCAGGUCAAGCGGAAAGGCGAGCCGAUCAUAGCGACUCGAAGACCGAGCUUACAGCCUUCAAAGUCGGGACGGACUCGAUCAAUAGCAAGCAAACUGAGACCUAAUCAAAGGUUUUCUGGCUACUUGAUUGGUCCAACGGAUACCACUUCGGACGAUGUAAAUCUACAUAAGACCUUCAUUGACGAUAAAGAGCAUGUGCUCAUUGUAUACCAGUACGACGACGAAUGCACUCUUGUGUUCCCUGUAUUACAUAGUGAGCCCUCAGGAGGAAAUCUUCGGUCCGGCAGCUUCUAUACUCGCUUAGCAGCGUUCUUGCAGCCGAAUCUCAAAGUGCUAGUGCCACUAUUGACGGAAGGUUGGGCUAAGGCAAGAAAUCUGAGCGAGUUUGCAGAUCAGCACUUCCGAUACCUUUACUACAACUCGAUGAACCUUGCGUUCAAAACCUCCAUUGGGAUGUACAAGUCCACAGUACUAAAAUCAGACCUCGUCCAGUGUCUGAACCAAAUGCACGAGGAUUUCGCGAGCGCGUCCGGGCCAGACGCGGUCAACGAGAUUUGUAUGAAGACAUCUUCGGAAGCGUGGAUAGUAGGCAGACGGUCUGGAGACCGCGAGCUGUAUCUGAUAUUUCCGAAGAGUGACAUGGGCUUGGUCGAUGUUGAUGAUGAAGUCAGCAAGUUUACCAUGGCGUACUUCAGUGAUAUACUGCAAUGA